GCUGGCCGCACACACAUCCUCGGAUCGAGUCGAGUCCUCAGCCUCUGCGAGCCAGGAUUCACUGCUCUUUGGGCAGCAACGCGACAACAAGUUGAACUCGGCUCGAGCGGAGCUACCGACCGUCGACCAUCGACCAUCGACCAUCGACAUUCGACCAUCUAGCCAAAGCAAUUGGCGCUAAUCCGUCGCAAUUAACACCACUGUUCAAUAACCAGUUCCGAUCAAUUCAAUUUCUGAAUCAAGUGAAUUCCCAGCAUUGAUGCAAAGCAAAGCGAAGCAAAAAUAAAUAAAUAAAACGUAAAACUCAGCAGAAAGUAAUAAAAUAUAAGAGCGGACACGUACCACAAAAACCCGGAGGAGGAAGCCAAAGUGUCAACAACGACACUUCAAAGGACAGAACACCGAGGAGCCAACACCGGAGAGGAGGAGUCGGAAGCAGAUUUCCCAGACCCCGAAGACAGUCAGUAGCGAAUUCCCCGCUGGCGAGCAAUUGAGCAAUUGUGCAAAAUGGAUGCGCUACGCUUCCGUGGGUCACCAUUCGCCCGCUUCACGGGCCAGUCGACCGGACCGGGGCAUCCCCGCCCACCGCAGCAUCCCCAACACCCCCAGCACCCCCAGCAUCCACAGCAUCCACAACAUCCACAACACCCACAGCAUCCCCAGCAUCCACAGCGCCCACAGCCAAUGGGGUCGCACGGGAUCGGCGCUCCCGAGCCGCUCAUCGUGGUGGAGGAGUCCAAUCUGCCCGAGGAGCAGGAGGACAGCUCCGAGCCGACGGUCUCCAAUCGCGGCAGCCUGGACAUCGACUCGCCCGUCAAUCCCUAUCUGCUUUCGCCGUGGCGCGAUCCCCGCGAGGCAAGGAAGCACUCGCUGCCGUCGCAGCAGGUGACCGACGGGAUCACGGCCAGCCAGGUGCGCCGCCUCUCGGAGCGGGGCGGCGAGGGGUCGGGGCCCACACCCAAGGAGGCCGCCUUCCUGGCCACCCUCUCGCAGGCCCCGGCGCCCACCGGACGCCGCCACUCGGUGGUGACCAUCUCCAAGGUGCCCACCACUAUUUUCGGACGCUCCCGUCGCGAAUCCGUGGCCGCCUAUCCCAACAGUAAUGGGAGCAGUCGUGUGCUGAACUCUCGGCGCGAGAGCAACACGGGACCCCCAUCGACAGACCCCAUCGGGAGCAUCCACAAUCUGCAGCUGGACAUCAUGGACGACAUCUAUCUGCAGUCGCGCAAGGCGCGCUUGAAGCUCUGGACCUCCUCCAACGAGAAGGUGUGCGAGGUGCAGACCGUCGACGAGGCGGGCACCGGCCAGCCGGGCAGACGCUUCACCAACCGACGCUACUCGGAGUGUCCUCAGCCGGGAUUGGCCAGCUCCUUUCGCCGCGCCUCCGAGCUGCCACAGUCGCAGCAGCAGCAGCAACAGCAGCAGCAGCAGAGCUCCACUCGGGCCUCCACGCGUCGCAAGAAGUCGGGCAGCGGCACCGGACUCUUGGGCAGUCGCUCGGACAUCGCCGGCAUAUUCAGUUCGCUUACCAGCUCGGCCAUGGACAUGCACCGGCCGGAACCGGAGGGCCGGGAUGGCAGCUCCAGUGCCAGUUCCUCGGCCACGGCCACGGCCAGCAGUCCGUUCCUCAGCCAGACAUUUCAGGCGGCGGCUCGCGGACGGGCCACCAGUGCCACACCCACACCGACGGCCCAGGGCGGCCUGCAAGUUGCCGGCGGAGGUGGCGGUGCCGGCGGCGGCGGAGGAGGAGGCAGUGCAGCCGGCGGCAGUGGCGGCCUACUCGACCCGAAUGCCGGCCGCUCCACGCGUUCGAACAGCUUCGAUGUGUCCCUGCUGAACAACGCCAAGCAGCUGGUGAGCGAUGUGCAGGACAACGGGUCGGCCACCCUGACCGGAUGGUUCGCCAAGCGGCAUACGCCGCUGGCGCGGAAGAAGAGCGUGCGCAGCAAGAGCUCGGCGGUGGCCCUCUCCAAGGAUGUGCUGGAGCGGCUGCAGAAGAAGGAUCCGUUGGGCGGGGAUUCCGGCAAGCCGAAGCUGAAGCCGCGGAGCAAGCAGAAGACCUGGGCGGAGUCAACCAAGGCGACGGUGGAUGCCACCAUUUUGGGCACCGCCAUCGAGGGAUUCCUGCGCAAGAGCUCCAAUGCGAGCAUGGGAGGAUCGGGAUCGGGGAGUGGUGCCUCCACCUCGGCGGCCGCCCGCGGAGCCACGCCCAAGUCGGGGGGCAAGGAUUCGGGCAGCGCCAGCGGCAGUCCCGCCCAUGGGGCACGGCGCAGUCGAGCCUCCGCCAGCAGCUCCGCUCAAUCGCAGGCCGGACGGGCCGUGCGCUCCACCCUCAACUGGUUUGGCAAGGCCGACGAGGACGACUCCAAGGACACGUGCGACGCCUCGCUAUGCGCCACGCUCAAGGACCUGUUCGUCAAAUAGGUCGGGGGCCGCAGAGGCAAGUAAAGCAAUGGGUCGAGUCCCGGCUAGAGCAACACAGCGCCAGCUACUUGCACCUCUGAGAUCCAAAAAUCCUUAUCGAAAUCCGAAAUUGAAAAACGAACAAAGUUGGAGGCUUACACAACCCAGUGAACAAUAAGCACAGCAGCAGUAAUCACCAUUCGAAUCAUCCCAUACAUAACAUAGAAACAAAAGCCAAGUGGCAGAUCAAUGGCACAGCAAAGUCUCGCUUUCGUACAAGAGGAGAUGAAAAUAAUCCAUGAACAAUAUAUAAUAAUUGACAGCAAAGGCUUCACAACACGUCCAUUAAAUCAAACACUGAAAACAAUGCAUUGCAUCUCGCCGACAGUGACAGUUGAUCUGACGGUAACUGAAUGAGAAAUUAGAACUGCGAAGUAAACCGUAUACCUAGCAAAUUGGAACAAUAAAAGGGCGGAGGCUAUCGAUACCUGACAGUUAUAACAUAUUGAUACGUUUGAUACCACAUAGAGACGCUAACAAUAAGAGAGCCGUAAUUGAAGGAUCAAAUGGAGAAAUAAGCACUUAACAGCAAUACACAGUGACCUACUGUACCUGUAACAGGUAACCCACACAAACACGAACGGAACAGAAAUCACAGAAAACAGUAAUCAGCACACCGAAUCCGAUGGACGGUGAACAAAAGAGUACAAGAGAGCAACUUUUAACGGUACAAGUAACUUUACGCAUAACGGUAUUGGUAAGUGCGAAAGCGAAUGCGAAACGAUAAGCGAUAAAAACAGUGAUCGAUAGGCAGAUAGUUAAGCGAUAAACGAUAGAGAUUAAGGCAACGCUGCAGGGGAGUCAGGAAUAGGGAAAAUCAGACAUCAGGAAUAGGUGGAAUUAGUGGAGCUAGGACACAGCACUUCACUCCAUCGACGACGGGACAGACCUCAUAUAGCUAAAGAUACAGAUAGAUAUAUAUGUAUAUUUAUAUAUAUAUAUAUAUAUUCUCAUAUAUUUGCAUACCAUUUGUAACCGGAAGCCGAGAAGGUGAAUGAGAAGGGAGGGCAGAGAAUAUACAAAUAUUUUUCUACGAGCAGAGCAAUUUAAGCGGGUCUCAGCGAUGGAGUAAGUCCCGGGAUAAAGAAGUAAAGGAGGAGUUGUUUACGCAUUGCCUAUAUGGCAACGAAACUACCAGUAUAUGGUUAAUAUUUUUUUUGGUGCCCAUGCAGUUGGCACAUCAAUUGGAAUACACAGACAUAUGAGGCAACCGUGGCAGAUGCACAAAUCGCUCUUUAUAUACACAUACAUAAAUACCGGGCGAAGGAGGAUGCCCCAACGGUUGCCACAAUCAUAUCACAAUAAAUACACACACAAUGGAAUCAGCACGGCUACGUGCAUAUAAACACGUUACAAUAUACGAAUAUAUAUAUACAUAUAUCUAUGGAGAAUAAGAAAAUACAUGUCUACUGACUCAAGAGUUUUAAUCAAUGUAAACCACACAAUAAAUGUAAUUUGUAUGUACAAUCUGAGCUUACUCGAGGCGCAAAUCGACAAACAGCAAAUGCCAAACUAAAUCGAGCCGAGCUGAAUUGAAAAUCGAAUAUAAAUUAAUGUUCGCGUUGAAUAUUUAAUGUUAAACGUAAAAUAAUACGCAAGCAAAAGCAGAAAAGCUCAAAAGUAGAAGGCGGAGGAGGAGUUGGGGAAGUUACCCCAGGAAGAAGUUUGAAAAUCAAUUAACGAAGAAAUUCAAAUUGGAAAUUCGCAAUUGCAGAAAUUGGCAAACAGAGAGGGCGAUAGAAAAACAGUGAGAGAUGGCGAGAGAAAAAGAAAGAGAGAGAUAGAGAGAGAGAGAGUAGGAACAAACAAACAAGAAAUCAGUCAAUAUUGCAAUCAAUCAAGUGUGUUUCUAUAUGCGGCAUUUGGCUUUGUCAAUUUGUCAAUUUGAUCAAAGGCAAUCAAUGGCGUUGAUGAUGGGCAAUACUGCCUAGGGCAUGGAUUUAAUGGAAUGGACUGCAAUGUAGUGCCGAAACUACUCAAUAUACACACAUACAAUAACCAUUCGCGUAUGUUUAACGAUUAUCCAUCUAUAUCAAUAAUUGUAUCUCGAUGUGCCCGAAAAACGUGUUUUAGACUUCCAUUUCCAUGUGCGUGUGUCUCAAGGAGGUAACCCAAAGUUAACUUUCACUUUCAGUGUGUUAUAGUGCCAAAGAGCGGCAGAUUUACCAUAAUACUGAUCUAUAUCUAUACAAGCAUAUAAAUAUACAAUAUCUACACGUAAAUAAUAUAUAUAUAUAUAUUAAAACUAUUUACAAGUGCGAUCUUUCUUGGUCGCAGCUAACUAAAGUUGUCCACGUUUUGCUCAUCAUCCUAACUGUUGUUCUAUAUCGUUGCUUUUACCGAUCUAUACUAUAUAACAAUAAAUGUGUACAAAAAUUGGGAGGGGGAGGUCAAAUAGGGGUUCGUUGAGGCUUCUAAAACGAUCUAGAAGUUCAGACAAGUACCGCAUUGAAGGCCAAAGCAACUCUCAAGUUCUAUUUGUCCUAUUUUUGAUAGUUGUAUAUAUAUAUACCGCAUAUACUAUACGUGUAUACCAUACGUAGUAUACAAAUACUAUAUGGAUGCAAUUUUUUUUCGAUUGAUUUAGCAUUGAAUGUGCAUAGAUUUAACACUACAUGCAUAUUCGUAUAUAUGUGUACCUAUAAAGAUAAUAAUGCAUCCAAGGAAAACACCCCAGGAAUAAUCAGCGACAAGUGCCGAAAUGGAGUGAAUUUUAAUUGAAAUUUGAAUUGACAGCAGAAUGCGAUGAUUGGAGCGAAAACUGCAAAUCCAAAUGCCUUGUAGCUGAUUAUUGCCACGGAGUGCCAUUGUCAUUGUUGUUGACGUUGUUGAUGUCGUGCAAUUGUAAUUACCGUUGUUCAAUUGUUGUUAAUGUUUAUCCACAUGUAUGUUUGUGUGUGUGUUCGGCCUAGGACUACAUACGAGCAAGCGGUUACCACCGACUACAGUAAAGGUACUAUCAAAGAGUAGUGCUCACUGGCGCCCAACUCAAUACAUAACAUAUAGUAUGUUUAUACCCGCAACACUCUUUGUGUGUGGUAUCCAACAUCAUAGCGAUUUAUGCUAUAUCCAAUGUGUGUACUUCGACUCGAGCGACCUAUGAUUUCGUUCCACGCUUUUGUUUUAGGGCUUUUAGUGGGUGUACAGCACCCAGGGGGAAAAGUGGGCAAAACUACGCAUAAUCUAGUGAGUAAAGAGACAAAUGAGCGAUUAGCUGGAGGAGUGGAGAGUGUAAAGUGGAGAGUGGAGAGUGUAGAGUGGCACGUAGUGGCUGACAUGCAUAUAUAACUAAGCUAUAUAUCUAUGUAAAUAAGGGAAGGAAUCUUUGGGAAUACGUUUGUACAUAAUUAUGCGUAUGCUAGCAAGGGGAUAACGAGAGGAGUAAUGUUUUUUUUAAAGCCAAAAUCCAAAUGCAACCGAAUGUAAAACAAUCAAUUGAUGACACAUAAUGUAAACGAAACAAAACAAAACGAAAGCAAGCUAAAAACAAAACAACUAAACUAAAUUGCGAGUGGACGAACGAAGUUGCAACAAGUACUUAUAUAUCUCUAUAUAUAAAUAUGUGUAUGCUCUCUAUAAGGCCAACCUCCCACAAAAACCCACCUCCCACCACCCACCACCCACGGCGAGAUGAAUCCUGGAGGAGAGGAGAGGAGCAGGAAUCGGAGGGGCUGGCGGCCGUGAGAGGAUGUGCACCAGGCGAGAGUACUUUACCACACUUACAAUACCCAA